AUGCCCAAGUCAAGCGAGAAGCCACAAGCUCUUCAAGUGUCAGGUUUUAAAGAAUAUCUGACAAACCCUCUGCUCCUAUGGUACUACCAGGAGAUCAACAAGCCCGGCUCAUCAGUGUCAGAUGUUGAUACGUUCUAUCUCAACUUCUUGAAGGAUGUCUUCACGUUGAGAGACCUCUUUGGCGUCGAGCAGGAGGCACGGACUGCCAGCCAACUAGGAAUACAUAAAAAGAGCGAUGACUUCACUACCUGCUCUGUCAGGGAUAGUAAUGGGAAGAGGGUCAUCCUUUGCGAGAAUAGACAAAGGGACGAGGAGUCUCAGACAUCAAUUUGGUCCGAUGCGUUAGAAUAUGCUGUGUCAUAUACGCUUGUGAUCCGUUUAGAGGACAGUCAAGAUUCAGAGGAGACCCUCUAUCUCACAGUAAACAUCGGAACCCACCUCCGCUUCCAUGAGCUUCCUGGAAAGUCAAGCGAAGCCAGAGACUGGGCACCAGCAGCCGGUCGCUGCUAA